AUGAAUAACUACAAUGACACUUGGAAAUGGCUCAUCAACUUGGAUGGAAAAUUCUCUGUGAGCUCUCUCGGAGGUUUGUGGGAAUCUAAUGUAUGCACUUCGUUAGCAUAUAAACAUUUUUGGAAUAAAUCGGUCCCAAUUAAGAUCAACUUCUUCGAAUGGAGAUUUGUGUUGAACCGUUUACCCUCCAAAAUUGAUCUGGAAAAACGAGGUGUUAGAAUGGACUCAAUGUUGUGUGAAUCUUGUGGGUUGGAGGUGGAAUCUUCUAUUCACAUUCUACUUGAUUGUCGAUGGGUAAAGGAGAUUUGGCUCUUAAUACAAACAUGGUGUGAUGUGAAUGUAACUCAUGCCACAUCAACUGAAGAUGAAGAUCUUCUCUCAAGAAAGCACAAUUACUUUCAAGGGGAAUCCCACCAAAAGGUCUUGUAUGCUAUCUUUCUAACUGCCUUAUGGGGAAUAUGGAGAGCAAGGAAUGAUUUGAUCUUCAACAAACUAUUCAACUCCAUUAAAGGUCAUUAG